AUGAAAAGUUAUGGAGAAGAAUUAUCUAGGGAGAGAAUUGUGCAGAAAUUACUGAUUAGUCUUCCAAAAACAUAUGAUGCAAUCUGUUCUGUGAUUGAGCAUUCUAGAGAUCUUGAAAUUAUUGAGGUUCAAGAAGUUGUGGCUUCUUUAAAAGGAUUCGAGCAGAGGCUUGAUUUACAUACUGAGUCUUCGACUGAGAGAGCAUUUGCAAGUUUAAAUGCAGCAUCUAAGGGUGCCAAAAGUGGUGGAUUUUCUGGGAAUCAGAGGUCUCAAGAGAAUUGGAAGUCAAGGGGAAAAGGUUGGGAUCAUAAACCAAACUUUGUUCAGAAGCAGAAUAACACUCAAAGAAGCUGGGAUCACAAACCCAAUUAUUCUCAGAGACAAAAUAAUACUAAAAGGAAUUGGGAUCAUAGGCCUAAUUAUGUUAAGAAGCAAAACAACUUUCAGAGUGAUUGUAAAUGGUGUGACAGGUUUCACUAUGGGAAAUGUUGGUAUGAAGGUAAACCAGAAUGCACAGGCUAUGGUAAGCCAGGUCAUUCUGUGAAAGAUUGUCAUGAGAAUAAAGGAGUGCAGAAAGUUAAUUAUGUAAAGCAGAUGGGAGAUACAGGAUCAUUGUUUUAUGCCUGUAAUGCAGUGACGGAUGUGAAAGUCAAUAACUCAUGGUACAUUGAUAAUGGUUGUAGUAACCACAUGACAGGAGAUGAAAGAUUGAUGUUCAAUGUUCAGAGAAAUUUGACUUCCAAAGUAAAGAUGGUAACUGGAGAAAUUUGUCAAGUUGCAGGAAAGGGAACCUUGGUGAUUGAGACUAAAUUGGGAAGAAAACAUAUACAAGAAGUAAUGCUUGUUCCUGGACUUGAGGAAAGCCUUCUCAGUGUAUGA